UUCAAACCAUAUUGAAUAAUUUAAUUUUGAGUGAAAGAGUUUGUUUGAUAGUGUUUCGUACGUCUCUUCAACCAAAUGCUUUGUUAACAGUUGUUGAUAAGUGAUUAGUGAAUCAUCAUAUUGUCAUCUUAUACACCAAAUUUGAUCAAAACUCAGAAGAUCAUCCAUAAAAAUCAUCGAAAUAUUUCUGGGUUUAAAAGGGUUAUUUUUUUUGCUAGUUUUGCAGAAUUGCAUGAUAUAAUCCCAAGAAUAUUUUUUUCAAAAGAGAAAAGUUUUAGUAUUUGAAGUUACAGUUUAAGAUCAAGAUCAAGAUCAAGAGCAAGUUCAGUUGGCGUUUAAUUUGCAUGUGAAUAUUAGAGACACCAUGCUUGGAAAUGGAGUUGUUGGAAUUCUUUCGGAGAUGUGUAACAAGUGGGAAAGACGGGCUCCUUUAACACCAGCUCAUUGCGCUCGACUUCUACACAGUGGCAAAGGUAAUGCAGGCGUGGCUCGGAUAAUUGUUCAGCCAUCUACCAAGAGAAUUUACCAUGACGCUCUUUAUGAAGAGGUUGGUUGUGAGGUAUCUGAGGACUUGACAGAUUGUGGUCUUAUUGUGGGCGUUAAACAACCAAAGCUAGAGAUGAUUCUUCCUGACAGAGGCUAUGCUUUCUUCUCACACACACACAAAGCGCAGAAAGAAAACAUGCCUUUGUUAGACAAGAUUCUGGCGGAAAGGGCAACCCUGUAUGACUACGAGCUCAUUGUUGGAGAUCAUGGGAAAAGGUUACUGGCAUUUGGAAUCUAUGCUGGCAGAGCUGGAAUGGUUGACUUUUUGCAUGGCUUAGGACAGCGUUAUCUAAGUUAUGGAUAUUCAACUCCCUUUCUCUCCCUGGGUUCAUCUUACAUGUAUCCAUCACUUGCUGCUGCCAAGGCUGCUGUCAUAUCUGUGGGUGAAGAGAUCUCCACUUUAGGACUGCCAUCUGGCAUCUGUCCUCUUGUUUUUGUCUUUACUGGAACCGGAAAUGUUUCGCAAGGUGCACAAGAGAUAUUCAAGCUGCUUCCUCAUACCUUUGUGGAUCCCAGCAGACUUCCAGAGCUCUUUGAAACAGCUGGAUCCCAGAAUCAGCAUUCUCGAGUAAUGAAGAGAAAUUACCAAGUAUAUGGCUGUGUUGUAACGAGUAAAGAUAUGGUUGAACCCAAAGAUCCCAAUAGAACUUUCAAUAAAGCCGACUACUACUCACAUCCAGAGCAUUACACUCCGAUUUUUCAUGAAAAGAUUGCCCCAUAUGCAUCUGUCAUUGUCAAUUGCAUGUACUGGGAGCGUAGAUUUCCUAGGCUGUUGACCAACAAGCAGCUUCAAGAUAUAAUGAACAAGAGAUGUCCACUUGUUGGUAUCGCUGAUAUAACUUGUGACAUUGGAGGAUCCAUUGAGUUUGUUAACCAAGACACCACAAUUGACUCACCCUUCUUUAGAUUUGAUCCAUCUAUGGAAUCAUACCAUUAUGACAUGGAGGGUAGUGGUGUGAUAUGCUCAGCUGUUGACAUCCUUCCCACUGAGUUUGCAAAAGAGGCUUCCCAGCAUUUUGGAAACAUCCUGUCACAAUUCGUUGGGUAUUUGGCAUCCACAAAAGAUUUAAUGGAAUUACCUCCCCAUUUGAAACAAGCUUGUAUAACUCACAGGGGAGCACUUACAUCUUUAUAUGAGUAUAUUCCUCGUAUGAGAGAAUCUGCUACAGAUGAAUUAUCUCAUCCGAAUAAGAAAAUACACACGCAAUUGGUGUCUUUGAGUGGUCAUCUGUUUGAUGACUUUCUUAUAAAUGAAGCUUUGGAUAAAAUAGAAGCCGCUGGUGGCUCCUUCCGCUUGGUGAAGUGUCAUGUUGGCCAGAGCACUGACGUCACAUCAUACUCAGAACUUGAAGUUGGAGCUGAUGAUAGAUCAGUCUUGGACCAAAUUAUUGAUUCGUUAACAUCUCUUGCCGGUAAGAGUGGAACACAUGGGAUCAUGGAGAAGCAACCAAACAGGAUUGCACACACAGUUGGCAAGAUUCAUGAGAAUGGUUUAGAGAAUGGUGAUGAGACAAGAAAGAAAACAUCAGUUCUAAUUCUUGGUGCUGGUCGUGUCUGCCGACCAGCUGCUGAGCUUUUAACAUCAACUAAAAGCCUUUCCUCUUCCCCAUUGUUUGAGAACUGCAUGGAUUCGGACUUUGAUGUGGCAGAUGAUAUUCAAGUCAUUGUUGCAUCUCUAUAUCUGAGAGAAGCGGAAGAGGUCAUACAAGGUAUUCCAAAUGCAACUGCUGUGCAGCUUGAUGUGUCAGACCAAGAGAGCUUGCACAAAUUAGUUUCACAGGUUGAAGUUGUUAUUAGUCUACUUCCUCCUAGUUGCCAUGUCGUGAUAGCAAUGGCAUGCAUUGAGCUUAGAAAGCAUCUCGUUACUGCUAGCUAUGUUAAUGAUUCCUUGUUAAAGCUCGGCGAAAAUGCAAAAGAUGCUGGUAUAACAGUUCUUGGUGAAAUGGGGCUUGAUCCUGGAAUAGAUCACAUGAUGGCAAUGAAAAUGAUUGACCAAGCGCAUGACCAAGGGGGAAAAGUGCGUUCAUUUACUUCUUAUUGCGGUGGCCUUCCAUCUCCAGCAGCAGCCAACAAUCCGUUGGCCUAUAAAUUCAGUUGGAACCCUGCUGGUGCGUUAAGAGCUGGGCGUAAUCCUGCCACAUAUAGAUCUCAUGGAGAAGUAAUACAAGUUAGUGGGGAUAAUCUUUAUGAUUCAGCUGUGAGGUUUAGGCUACCUGAGUUUCCAGCUUUUGCAUUAGAAGUCCUCCCAAAUCGUGAUUCUCUGAUUUAUGGAGACAUCUAUAGAAUUGGAGAUGAAGCAUCAACAAUUUUCAGAGGAACUCUCCGUUACGAAGGUUUUAGUGAAAUUAUGGGGACAUUAGCAAGGAUCGGUUUCUUUGACACUGAAUCCCAAGGAACUCUUACAAGUCCUGAGAGACCAACAUUUGAGUCAUUUACACUUGAGCUUCUUGACGUUGAAAAAGAGACUUUAUCAGGCUCCGUGAUAAGAGAGAUUGAUAUUGCAGAAAAGAUCAUAUCACUUGGACAUUGCAAACAGAAGACAACUGCUUUAAAGACGGCAAGGACAAUCUUAUUCCUAGGACUCAUCGAGCAAAAGUUAAUACCUUCUACAUGUAAGACUGCAUUUGAUGUCACCUGUCUUCGGAUGGAAGAAAAGCUUGCUUAUUCUGGCACAGAGCAGGAUAUGGCCCUUCUUUAUCAUGAAAUAGAGGUAGAAUUCCCGGAAUCCCGAGAGAUGGAGAAACACCAGGCAAUCCUCUUGGGAUUUGGAAAGACGGAAAAAGGAAGAACUAUAUCAGCCAUGGCUCUGACUGUUGGAGUUCCUGCAGCAAUAGGGGCCCUGCUCUUGCUUGCAAACAAGAUCAAGACAAGAGGUAUAUUGAGGCCCAUCGAACCAGAAGUUUAUGUUCCAGCCUUGGACAUAAUGCAAGCAUAUGGAAUCACCUUGCUGGAGAAGAGAGAAUGAUUCCAAACUACCUACCAAUUUCCAUCAUCCGAUUUCAUCCAUGCAUAUAGCCAUAUCCGAUUUCACCCAUGCAUAUAUUCAAUCACAUAUUCCGAAUCGGUUCGCUGAUAAAUAGUUUCGAGACCGCGAAGCGACGAAGCCUCUAACAAUCAAUCAUGCCAAAGUAACUGAAUAAAGAUACCCACCAGAUCUUCUGUUUAGUAUAGUUCAUCUUAAUUUAUGUACAGUUCAUGUUGCAACUUUAAUUUAUCUGAGGGGUAAGCCAAAGAGGUGUACAAGGAAAGGCUUGAUCCUUUUUAAGUUAUAAAAGUCGGAUGUUACGGAUCA